AUGGGAGCUACCACCGCCGUCAAUCGAGUUGAGCGGAUCACCUUCAACUAUCCGCCCCUACCUGAAAUCAAAUUCUGCUUCGUAGUGAUCGCCGCCACUUUGGCCUAUGGUUUGUAUAAAGUCCUUGAAGCUAGUCGUAACUAUGUAUGGAUUAUGGGUGACUAUGGAGUACUUGUUGAGCUACCCUUCUUCGGACCCGUCAUGAAGGAUGUCAGCAGCUGGGAAUGGAACAAUUAUUCUCCAUUUGCAUGGCAAUAUUUGCCGGUAUUCAUGGCCCAUACCGUGGUCUUCAAUUUAGGAUCAAAAUUCCUUCCUGAUUUACCUUUCACUAUAGUUUAUACUUUGCUGAGCGCAGCAACAUGCGUCUACUAUUUUACACCAACAUUGGUGGCCCUUUCUCUGUUUGAGGGCACUCUGAUGUUUGCUGCCUCUCAAUAUUUCAGGUAA